AAUCAAUGCUCCUAUAUACUCUCCCUCUAUUGUCCCUGCUGUUGUAACGGAGCAAUUUACUGCGCUGAUUUUCCUUACUUUCCCUUGUCACACUAUCCUACUGUAGACUAUUCCCUCAUCUUCUUCUCCAUGGAUAUGGAUUUCCCCUCUGCAAAGAAACCCACAAUUCACAAGACUCCCAAGAUUAUCCUCCCACUCGCCCUCACCAUCAUCUUUCUCACCGUCUUCCCGCUUUACUACACCUUCAACAGAACCCCAAAUGUCGAAGUCGAUCUUUACCCGCCAAACCAGCGGACCAGCGAGGAAAUCGGGGCAGAUCUGAGCAGGAGCCCGCCGAAGGCGGAACCCCGGCGUAUCAGGACGGCGGAGAGCGUCAGCCGCUGCGAUAUCUUCGCCGGAGAAUGGGUUCCCAACCCGGAGGCGCCUUAUUACACCAACGACACGUGUUGGGGGAUUCAAGAGCAUCAGAAUUGCAUGAAGUUCGGGCGGCCCGAUAAUGGGUACUUGAAGUGGCGGUGGAGGCCCGAUGGGUGCGAGCUGCCCGUUUUUGACCCGUUCGACUUCCUGGAACUCGUUCGGGGCAAAGCUUUGGCCUUUGUCGGGGACUCCAUUGCCAGAAAUCAUAUGCAGUCGCUGGUUUGCCUCUUGUCAAGGGUAACAUAUCCUUUGGAUGUUUCAGAAACAAAGGAUGACAAUCGGAAGAGUUUUGUGUACCGAGAUUAUGACUUCAACAUUACGAUGUUUUGGUCGCCCUAUUUGGUCAAGACGGGGGAGACGUUUUCUGAAAUCAACACAAACCCCUUCAACCUGUAUCUGGAUGAGUUCGAUGAAUCUUGGACUACCAAAAUCAAGGAUUUCGACUAUGUAAUAAUCAAUGCUGGCCACUGGUUCUUCAGACCCACCAGUUUUUACCUAGAGGGAAAACUCGUGGGAUGCCUUUACUGCUCAGAUCCCAACAUUACCCAACUGUCGAGUGCUUUCAGCUACCAGAGGGCUUUAAGGACAGCCUUUCGAGCAAUUAACAGCCUGGAAAAUUUCAAGGGCGUCACGUUUUUGAGAUCCUUCGCCCCUCAACACUUCGAGCACGGGCCUUGGGACCAAGGUGGAGAGUGCGUGAGAACAGUGCCAUUCAGGAGGAACGACUCGGCUCUGAGCGAGUUCAAGUUUGAUUCAUACGAUAUUCAGAGAGAAGAAUUCAGGAUUGCCGAAGAAGAAGCAAGGCAAAAGGGGACGAGGCUAAGACUGUUCGAUGUAACACAGGCAAUGUUGUUGAGACCGGAUGGACAUCCUAAUAAGUAUGGGCACUGGCAGAACCCGAAUGUCACGAAUUACAAUGACUGUGUGCACUGGUGUUUGCCAGGGCCAAUUGAUACCUGGGGAGACUUCUUUCUGGAAUUGCUCAAGAGGGAGGUCCAAGAUAGAUCAUCAAGGUGAAUUUUGUACUUCUAUCAUGUACCCUUUUUUGUGUGAAAUUCAAUUUGCUUGCCAUUACGGGUUUAUAAGUUUUACUUUGUUUGAAAA